AAUGUCGAAUAGACCACCCACAUAAUAACCAUGGUAACCUACCACUGCAGCUCCAUAAUUAUAACCUUAAUGGAACCCAACAUUUUCACCACCAAGAGCUUAUUAAGCACCAGUCUAAUUGUAGAGUCCUGCUUACAUUCCUUAAUAUUACACUCAACCAGUUGCUCAAUCAUAUGUUGCCCCUCCUGUUGUUCAAUAGCCUGUUGUAUAUUAACAACCUGUCAUUACUCAGUCAAUAGUAGCUUAACCAGUAAUGACUCAACCUGUUGUUUAAUAAUAACCAACUAUUAAGGGAGAAAGCAGAGUAGAGUAUAAAUUAUUAAGAUUAUCCAAUUAGAUACAUUCCUUACGAGAAGAGUGUAAUCGAAUAUGAAGAAGUUAGACAAAAAAUUUAGGUUCCAAGAGAGAAAUAUGUGACUGAAUACUAAGCUAUUGAAUACUAAACAGAAUAUGUUCCACAAGUCUCUUAUGAUAAAGUUACAGGUAUUAUUUACAAUUUAAAUAUUAGAAUAUGUUCCCGUUGAUAGAUAUUAAGAAAGAGUUGAAUAUUAUGCAGUGGAAAGAUAAGUUGUUCAUUAACCCUAGGUUCAAGCUGUUGCUUAACCUAUAGUUUAGCAAUCUUAUGUUGCUUAACCUGUAGUCACUCAAUCUUACGUUGCUUAACCAAUGGUUUAAUAAUCUUAUGUGACAUAAACAGUUCCUGUCGUAUCAUAACCAAUUUAAUAUGCCUAAUACCCUCAAUAUGCUCAACCUGCCACUCAAACUAUCUAUGGUCCACCUGUUCCUAUUGGAAAUGGACCUAUUCCUGCAAGUUAAUUACCUGCUGCUGUUAAGACUGGAUAAUUUUAACAAACACCUUAAAAAUGAG